UAUAUAUGACAAAACCCAUUGCUUUAGUCAUUCUUUCCCUCUAUCUCCAGACAGCUAUAGCCAGCCAGCAUUGAGAAGAAAAGCAAAAGAUUGGUUUGAUUUCUUUUUGAUUCUUGAAGAACCCAUUUUCUUGUUUUCUGAGAUUUUGCUUUAGUUUCAGCUUUUCAGGUCUUGACUUGACUUCUAUCAGUACGAUGGCCGACCGAAUCCACCCGGACGACUCUCCACCCGCUACCAGCAAACACUCGAAGGCUACACAGCCACCUAUGUCGCCGGAGAAACCUAUUCCGCAACCUGGAACUUAUGUCAUCCAAAUCCCCAAGGACCAAAUCUACCACGUCCCUCCGCCAGAGAACGCACCCCGCUACGCGCAUCUAUCGAAACGUAAGGCUGGCAGAAGCACUUGUUGCCGUUGCUGUUGCUGCUUGUUGAUCACCAUCCUCUUUCUCCUCCUCGCCGCCGCCAUUGCCUCCGCCGUGCUGUACUUCGUUUUCAAGCCUGAUUCUCCAAAUUACUCCCUGGAUAAUGUGGCCAUCAAGGGAUUCAACCUUACGUCAUCUUCACCGCUCUCGCCAGAAUUCGACGUCACCGUCCGAGCACACAACCCCAACGAUAAAAUCGGUCUUUACUACGAGAAAGGCAGCUCCGUUAAAGUUUACUACGAAGACAUUAACGUCUGUAGCGGCGCGUUGCCGGUUUUUUACCAGCCGACUAAUAACGUAACGGUGUUUAAAACGGCUUUAAAGGGCUCCGGUCUUGAACUAACCAACGCCACCCUUAAGGCGCUUUCCGAUGAACAAAACAAAGGAACGGUGCCCUUCACCUUGAAGCUGAGAGCGCCAGUUAAGAUUAAAGUGGGGUCCAUUAAGACGUGGAAGAUUACCGUUAAGGUGACGUGUAAGAUAACGGUGGACAAGUUAACCGCGGCGUCUAAAAUUGCGUCAAAGGAUUGUGAUUACGGAGUUAUUCUUUGGUAGUCGGAGUGCAGUUGGUACAGUCGGGGUGUUUGGUUGCCGGGAUAGUGCUUCUUGGAAAUUUUUUGAAAUAUUUUUAUU